AUGGAUCGCGACAGCUCCCCUGAGUACAAGACCCCCCAAGAAGGGAUUUCUGAAACAUUUAGCGCGGCUAGUGCAGCCAAUACAAAAGCUGAGAAAGAAACUCAACGGACUGAUGCAGAAAUUUUACGGGCUCGACAAAAUGCUGAUGCAGAAGUUCAACGGGCUCUUGCAGAAGUCCAACGAGCUCGACAAAGUGCUGAUGCAGAAGUCCAACGGGCUCUUGCAGAAGUCCAACGAGCUCGACAAAGUGCUGAUGCAGAAAUCCAACGGGCUCUUGCAGAAGUCCAACGAGCUCGUGCAGCAGAACAAAGUGCUGAGGAAGACAAGAAGCAGGCUCAAGAAGACGAGAAGAAAGCACGGAAAGAGGGGGAAAUUUUGAGAAAGGAAUUGAAGACAGAAAGGAAACGAUCAAGGCGUACGACAUUUGGAGAACUUCUUCAACACUGCCAUACCAUAUUCUCAGCACCUCUAAAAGUCGAAGAACUCACUCGCUGCACGAAGGGAAAGAUCCCGCAGCCGAAAGGAAAAUACUGCCCCUUAAAGUUCGAGCAUUGGGAAGACUGUGACACCGAGCAACAGAAGAUUUACCAGUCUGUUCGCAAAUACCUUGAGCCGCCAGGAAGUGCUGCGUUAAGACUCUUUACAUCUCGUCUUGGUUUGGAAAGCAUGGGCGAAUAUUUUGGCAGGCCAAUAAGCAGUGAACGAGAUGUGGAAGCUCUUGAGCGAUUUACCGUGGAGAGCCAAGUUCAUAAGAUUAUUACGGAGCUCUGCAAUAUACCGGCUGCAAGAGACGAAUUCCAUUUGGGCACUGGAGUUCGGUUCGACAGUCAUGCAAACUGUCUUGAUGAUGUUGAAGCCGAUAGAGAGCAAGACUGGACAGCGGAGAAGGACGAGGAGCCAUUAAAUUGCCAGAACCCGAGACCAGACCAGUAUUGUAUCUACCAAGUCGACGGUGACAAUGACAACCUGAUAAUGACAGUCGAAUACAAACCACCCCACAAGCUACCUGUCGAGACUAUCCGCUUGGGACUGCACCCAAUGGAAUUUUGGAAGGAGAUAGUGAACACUAGAAAGAUUCCCACCGGUCAGGAGGAUAAGAAAAUAUAUGAUGCGGCUGUUCUGACGGGUUCUGCUGUUGUUCAAGAGUAUCAUGUUAUGAUAAUGAAUGGACUCGAGUAUUCCUACGUGAGCACUGGACUGGCAUUGAUCAUGUUGCGAGUCCCCUCCAAACAUCCGAGCACUCUGUACUACCGUCUCUUUGAGCCCAACAGUGAGCUCACUUCACAGGAUGACAAAAGACUCACAGCUCCCUUAACUUCCGUGGCGCGACUCUUGUGCCUCUGCCUGAUGAGUUGUAGCUCGGAAGUCCGUGAUAAGGUUUGGCGAGAAUCGGCAAAAGAGGGCCUGAAGAUCUGGACAACAGGCUUCGAUGAAAUUCCUCUCAGAAUUCCGCAAUUUGAGCCGGACCAAAGUCCCACUGCUUCGCAACAUUCUCACAUCACGACCACCAUGACCAUUAAGAGCCACACCACCUCCUCAGAGUACCAACCAUCCCAUCCCUCUGUUAUGUCGUCGCCUACAGAAAGCUACGAGAUGCUGACUCGGUCUUCUAUGCGGCGUGAGCGUCCCGCGGACAAAGAUAUCGAUGCAGGCCCCACUAGACAGAAACGCCGAACCGGCGGCGCUGCUAAGCGAUCAGGACGCCAGAACGACUGUCUGUUUAGCAGAGACGAGUCCUAUGAAGGUAAAGCCUUUUGUACCCAGCGUUGUUUGUUAGGUCUGCAGCGUGGGGGAAGUCUGGACAAACAGUGUCCGAACGUUGCGCUGCACCGAAAAGAUGCCGAUGUUGACCAACACCCGAUCGCUGCUAGAUCCUUGGUCCAACAGAUCAAUCAGCAGCUUAAUGAAGAUGUUGACCAUGGGUGCACGCCCAUGGGAUGCUAUGGGUCAGCAGGUGCACUAUUCAAAAUUACCUCUUCUAGAUAUGGGUAUACCGUGGUUGGGAAAGGAGCGUCGGCUCAUCUUUGGAGGCAAAAGGUCUCGUAUGAAGCAGACGUGUACCGCAUACUUCACCAAGCACAGGGGUCUGCAGUCCCUGUUUUCCUUGGGACAAUUGAUUUGAAGACGGCUUACUUCUUACACGGAGCCGUCGAGAUCAACCACAUGCUCCUCAUGGCUUGGGGAGGAGAACGGAUCAGGAGCCGUGAGGAAAAGUCCUUUAAACGCGAAUUCAGAAGAUCUGAAAAGGAGGCUCGCUCUCUAGGAGUAUUAUGCCAUGACCUCCGGCCCGAGAAUAGUCUAUGGAAUGCUGAGCUACGCCGGGCGUUGAUUAUUGACUUUGAUCGUUCGCAACUCGACCCACUUCCGGUCAAAAAGCGACAAAUCCUAAAGGGGAAGACAAACCGUGACCCCUACGGCCGAAAGCGGCCAUGUUCAAACCCGCUCGAUUUAUAG